GUGUAAUUAAUGCUUGCUUAAAACCUUUUAGUAUGUUUUUGACAGGAUGUACAUACCACUAGCUUCAGAAUGUUUCUAGCAUAGUCCUGCAGGUUAAUGGUGUGGAUGCCCUACCACCUGUGGAAGGUGAGGUUCUCCUGCCCAACUUGUGGCAAGAAUCUGACAGGUUAUGGUGUCCACAAGAGGGCUCGAAAGGUCCUGGACAUUGACAGAUACUACCUGAUGUUGACUGAGACACUCAGGUGCACUAUGUGUUCUCUGAACUAUCUGUCAACAAGUCAGAUUGUCCGUGACCAGCUUGACCUGCCACACCAGAAAAUGUUCAGACUGAUUCUGACCUGCAAGUAUGCCUGUGACAUCCUUGUCAUUAGGUUGCUCCGGGACAGGACAUUGGGCAACAGUCCGGCUCGACUGGUGAAGCAGCUGAGAGAAAACCAUGGGGAGAAAUGGCUGAAGAGGUUGGCACACUAUCUUGGAGAGUGUUCUGACUUUGUUGAUCGACCCAGCCUUUUUCCCGUGGCCUGCCAGGAGCCUCCAGAGCCCAUCGACAUCCCCACCAGUCGUUGGCUACUCUCAGUGUAUGGCAGGGACAUCCUCUCCAGGCUAGACCACAUUAAGGCCAGCAUCACAUCCAUCUUUGGGACUAUAUUAAAGAUUCAUUCUACCAAACAGAUCACAAAGUGGGACAGCACUCUGGGUGACCUCCAUUAG